UAGCUAGUUGUGUAAAUUUACAAUAGCUGCUAGCACCAGCAACUGCUGGCCAUUUCUGUAAAAAUACAGAGGAUAUUUCUAACAGUGAGGCCUACCGCACUGCAGUGGCUGACUAUGAUCUAACUCAACCUAUUGAUGCUAUUACCACUUUGGUCAAGCUGCAUAUCUAAGCGAAUUUUUCUAAGCGAAGACUAUUUCGUCCGGAGCAACAAGACAUAAUUCGCAGAAAGAAUGUUGAGCCAUGGCCGUCGUCGUGCAUGCGAAAAUUGGGCAGGAGCGGCCAAGAAAGAAGCGCGGAAGCGAUGGCUGUCACUUCAUGUGGAAAAUAAUGCACCGAGGAUCACCAGCAUUCGUGUUUACCAGCUUGGCAUUCCAAUCGUCGGGCGGUCGUUCCAAUGCGGCAGACAAAAAACUUUAGAAGUCCUCGACUCAACUGUCGUACAGAUUAAGACAAAUAUCGGCGUAGAAGGCUGGGGAGAACACUGUCCAUUUGGAUCGGUGUAUCUGCCAGCGUAUGCCAAGGGCACCAGGGUUGGAAUUCAAGAGAUCGGGCCAGCCCUGAUCGGUAAAAACCCGAGCCAUCUACUUGAGAUCGACCAAACCAUGGAAGAAUCACUCAGUGGUCACCCGUAUGUGAAAACCGCCAUUGACAUUGCAUGCUGGGAUAUCCUAGGCAAGAUGGCGAAACUUCCGCUCUGCUCACUCCUUGGCGGAAGGUUUGCGGAACAUGUGCCGGUGUAUCUUUCAACGUCGUCAGGGAUUAAUGCGCAUUCAUUAGUGGAGGAUAUGAGGCGGUACAAGGCGGAGGGCUAUAAAAAAUUCCAAUGCAAACGUGGUGGGGACCCAGACGAAGAUGUUAAAAUGAUAAAGCUAGCGGCGAGCGAGUUAACGCAAGGGGACACGUUGUGGGCAGAUGGGAACUGUGCUUACAGUACAAACGAUGCCCUUAGACUGAUACACGGGCUAAGAGACGUGGAUCUAAAGAUUCCGUUCUUCCUAGAACAACCUUGCAAGGCGUACGAAGAUAAUCUAUUUGUUCGAAAAAGGUGUCCUUUCCCGAUGAUACUGGACGAAAACGUCGACUCCAUUGAGAUGAUCUUGCAGGUUGCACGUGAUAAGGCAGCAGACAUGGUCAGUAUCAAACCUGCCAAAAUUGGCGGACUGACACGCGCUGUGCAACUGCGCAACCUCUGCACCAGUCUAGGGAUGAAGAUGAACAUCGACGACGUCGGGGGAAGUUGCAUCAUCAGUGCUAUGACAGCACACUUGGCGGCAUCUACGCCCCCGCAGUUCGUGAAUGCGGCGUGUGACUUCUGGGCCCCUCUGGAGAAGGACACCCGCGUCUGCCACAACAGUCCGAGAAUAACAAAUGGGUAUAUUUCGGUACCAACUGCCCAUGGCUUGGGGGUUGAACCGAAGAUGGAAUUCCUUGGCGACCCGUUAUUCGUGAUCGACUAAAGACUCUUGUAAAUGCCUGGUGGUAGAAAUAGCAUUGGUUAUUUAGACCGUCUUUAUGUUCAGCAACACUGUGUUCUGUCAACUAAUAUUUCUUAAACAUGUUGAAAAAUGAUCUUUAUUUUUAUCUUAUUUGAAAAGAAGAGAUUAGGGUAAGUUGAAAUCUCACUAUUUCAUUAAAGAAUAUGGUAGUAAAUGUUGUUACUGGCGCUACAAGAUAACUAGGCCAGGUGUAACAGAAAUGUAUGCCCCUGUAUCGCAAUUCUGCACAUAAUAAAUCUUUGAAUU